AUCUUCUUCGAGAACGACAUGAAGCCCGACCUCUACGGCCCCUUCUGGUUGUGCACAACCCUCAUAUUCACCAUGGCGGCUGCUGGAAACUUGGGAGCGCUGCUGUCCUUCGUGCCGACCAAGGAGAAUCGGGUCAAGCACCGAUUCUUCACCUACAACUUCUCGAAACUCACCGUUGGAACUUCUGUGCUCUACGGAUAUACAGCGAUUGUUCCAGUUGCAGGCUGGGCGGCUUCCAAGUGGCUCAUGUCUUCUCCCUUCGGACUCCUCGAGCUAGUCUGCAUCUACGGAUAUUCUCUCACCAUCUACAUCCCCGCCGCGAUCAUCUGUGUGGCUCCGAUCGAGUUCCUGCGCUGGAUCACGAUCCUCGCUGCCUUUGUUAUCUCCCUCAAGUUCAUCACCAGAAACGUGCGGGACGUCAUCAUCCGACAGGUGGACGAGAGCAAGGCCCUCAUGAUCCUGGUGGUUGUCGGGGCCCUGCAUGCCGCGCUAGCGCUCUUCCUCAAGAUCUACUUCUACAACUGA